UGGAUGUGCCUCAUCCCCACUGGGACACCUGGAAGCUUCCAAUAAAGGUCCCCAUGUUUGGCCAGAGCAAAUGUCCAACAGCAGCUCCAUCAGCCACUUCCUCCUGAUGCCAUUGGCAGACACGUGGCAGCUGCAGCUCCUGCACUUCUGCCUCUUCCUGGGCACCUCCCUGGCUGCCCUCCUGGGCAACGGCCUCAUCAUCAGCGCCGUAGCCUGCAGCCACCACCUGCACACCCCCAUGUUCUUCUUCCUGCUCAACCUGGCCCUCACUGACCUGGGCUGCAUCUGCACCACUGUCCCCAAAGCCAUGCACAAUUCCCUCUGGGACACAAGGAACAUCUCCUACUCAGGAUGUGCUGCUCAGGUGUUCUUCUUUCUCUUCUUUAUCUCAGCAGAGUAUUUCCUCCUGACCGUCAUGUGCUACGACCGCUACGUGUCCAUCUGCAAACCCCUGCACUACGGGACCCUCCAGGGCAGCAGAGCUUGUGCCCACAUGGCAGCAGCUGCCUGGGCCAGUGGCUUUCUUAAUGCUCUGCUGCACACGGCCAAUACAUUUUCCCUGCCCCUGUGCCAGGGCAAUGCCCUGGGCCAGUUCUUCUGUGAAAUCCCACAUAUCCUCAAGCUCUCCUGCUCAAAUUACUACACUAAGGAACUUGGGCUUCUUAUGGGUAGUGCUUUUCUGUUAUUUGGUUGUUUUGUAUUCAUUGUUCUCUCCUAUGUGCAGAUCUUCAGGGCCGUGCUGAGGAUCCCCUCUGAGCAGGGACGGCACAAAGCCUUUUCCACCUGCCUCCCUCACCUGGCUGUGGUCUCCCUGUUUAUCAGCACCUCAUUUUUUACCUACCUUAAGCCACUUUCAAUGUCUUCCCUAUCCUUGGAUGUGUCUCUGUCAGUUCUGUACUCAGUGGUACCUCCAACCCUGAACCCCCUCAUCUACAGCCUGAGGAAUCAGGAUCUCAAGGAUGCCCUGAGGAAAAAGGUGAGUGAACGAUGCUGUCCAGAAGGCAGAGACUGCCUGCUUCCUACUGUGAAUGGCUUCCAGUUCAUAAGAUGACAGGCCCAGUCUGUCCUUACUGAAUUUUUUUUCCUUAUUUUGGAGACCCUUGAUCAAUGAACUGUAGUUUUCUGUUCCCCUUCUUCAUGAAUGUUUAAUAUGGUUUUGAUUUGUUUCCUUUGAGUAA